GAUGAAGUGGACAUGCGAGGCAGAGAGGACGCGACACAGAUUGUUAAAGUGACCUAUGGAAGCGAUUAGGGGCUCUUAGUUUUCCAGCAGUGAAGGCUCACUCCAUCAGUUUAUUCCAUGUCUGACUCGGACCCGAUGAAGUGUGGGGCUGCAGCAAGCAGGGGCCCCGAAUGCCGAUCGCCUACGACCCCGAGGAUGGAGCUGCUGAGCCCCUCCAAAGUGAAGGAGUGUUCGCAGAACGUCACAGAGAAGGUGACACAGGUUCUGUCCUUGGAGUCCGACGUGCUCCCGGAGUACAAACUUGAAGUUCCAGAGACAACAUGGUGGAUCCUGCUUCACUACAGCCCCUUCAAGGCCUUCUGGGACUGGAUCAUUCUCCUCCUGGUCCUCUACACGGCCGUCUUCACGCCGUACUCGGCGGCGUUCCUCUUGGACGAGCACAGCCACGUGCGCCAGAGGGUCUGCGGCUACACGUGCAACCCGCUGAAUGUGGCCGACCUGCUGGUGGACGUGCUGUUCAUCGUGGAUAUCGUCAUCAACCUGCGCACCACCUACGUGGACCACAACGACGAGGUGGUGACGCAGCCCAGCCGCAUCGCCAAGCAUUACAUCAAAGGGUGGUUCCCGAUCGAUCUGUUUGCCGCCAUCCCCUUUGAUCUGCUCAUUUUUAGGUCCGGUUCUGAUGAGAUGGCCACCUUAACGAGUUUGCUCAAAACGGCUCGCUUGCUACGUCUAGUCCGCGUGGCGAGGAAGCUCGACCGCUACUCGGAAUACGGCGCUGCCGUCCUCUUCUUGCUGAUGUGCACUUUUGUCCUCAUCGCCCACUGGCUGGCCUGCAUCUGGUACGCCAUCGGCUACGUGGAGAGGCCCUAUACGGAGACGGGGUGGCUGGACAACUUGGCCGAACAACUUGGCAAAACGUACGACGACAACGACUCCAGCUCGGGUCCGUCGGUCAAAGACAAGUACGUGACUGCGCUCUACUUCACCUUGAGCAGUUUGACAAGCGUCGGGUUUGGAAAUGUCUCUCCGAACACCAACUCUGAGAAGAUCUUCUCUAUCUGUGUGAUGGUCAUUGGCUCUCUCAUGUAUGCCAGUAUAUUCGGGAAUGUGUCCGCCAUCAUCCAGCGGCUGUACUCCGGUACGACUCGCUACCACACUCAGAUGCUACGUGUCAAAGAGUUCAUCCGAUUCCACCAAAUCCCAUUCAGCCUGCGCCAGCGCCUGGAGGAAUACUUCCAGCACGCGUGGUCCUACACUAACGGCAUUGACAUGAACGCAGUCUUGAAGGGAUUCCCAGGAUCCCUGCAAGCGGAUAUCUGUUUGCAUUUAAACAGAUCUUUGCUGCAGACUUGCAAGGCUUUCCGUGGAGGCAGUCAGGCUUGUCUGCGGGUCUUGGCGAUGAGGUUUAAGACGGUCCACGCCCCUCCGGGUGAUAGCCUCAUCCACUACGGUGACAUCCUGGACUCCCUCUUCUUCAUCUCCCGUGGUUCCAUCCAUGUUAUUAGGGAUGACGUGGUGGUUGCCAUACUAGACAAGAAUGACAUCUUUGGCGAGCCAAUCCAACUUUACGAUGAGCCGGGGAAGUCCAAUUCGGAUGUACGCACCAUCACUUAUUGUGACCUGCAUCGCAUCAUGAGGGAUGACCUGCUGGAGGUUCUGGAUAUGUACCCGGGCUUUGCAGACAACUUCUGGAGGAACCUAGAGUUAACCUUUGACCUCAGAGAUCCGGAGCAACCACCGCCAAUAUUAACUGAUGAUUCAGACAACUACGAUUACCACCACAACCCGAGACACAGUAUUCAUAUGGACUGCAGAAUCAGGCCAGAUGGAAUGGCUCAUGAGGAUUCCUACCCAGCCUGCCGCCAUCAUCACUCCCCUCCUCAAGCCCUUUGGGAAGACCCAUGUAGUUGCAGUUCCCCAUUUUCCCACUCCAGUGAGGAUUUGACUAAACCGGUUGCUCAAGGCAGAAAAGCAGAGCCGUACCCACCAGAAGAAGGCAGGCGGGACUUUGCCCCUCCUUCUGAAGUGCAGCUGCGACCACCUGGUGGCGCCACAAUUGACCAAAGUCGUCGAGGUAACAUGCAAGUGCCCACUGUCAAUCUAGACACUGGAAUUAGAAUUUGUUGUGUUCUUUCCUCCCCAGCUUUAAAUGUGCCUGGAAUAUUUAGCUAUUGGAAAACAGAGCAACAGCCUCAAAAGAUCACCAGUCGUGCCUGGAGGUCCUCUUCAGUCCGGAAUUCGUACCACCCGUCAACCUUCAUAGACAAACGACCCAGCGAGCUUGAAUCCCGACUUGAAGUUUUACAAUCGCAGCUCAACAGAUUAGAGACGCGCAUGACGGCCGACAUCAACGUCAUCCUCCAACUCCUACAAAGGCAGAUUGGUCCCGUGCCUCCUGCUUACAGCGCCGUGUCUACCCGAAACCAUCCAACUGACUCAACGGGCCUGUACGGAAGUCACAGCAUGUACCCCAUGGCCUCCAUUCAGAUAGACAGCCGAGCACCCAAUCAGAACUCCGCCCACUCAGACCUGAAAUCCAGGAAGAAAUCAGAAGAGUCCCUUUCCAGCGGUAUCCACGUGACCCCUGAGACAGAAACCCAUCCAGGAUUAAACCCGCAAAGGCCUCGUUACCCCUCACUGCCCGACAACCUGGACAUCAGCUCGGGACUGUCUGACAUCCAGAAACAUCUCUCAGACCCGCUACUUCCUGUCCUCUAACAGGAAGUAACGGCAGUCAAGGCAUUCAUUGUGACUUUUAGAAGACCCAUCAAAUAGUGACCGCUCAUUGACGGAUGCGCAAGAUCCCUUUCUGUGGGCCCUUUUACCAACACAACAAGAACCAG